UUUCCCUACUACUGCUGUCGAACUGUUUGUUACUCCUAUAUUGCUGGAACGGGUCGUUCAUGUGGAGCUGUGUAAACUAAAUCGCAAUAGCGAAUUCAUGUAUGUUCAAGCAGUCUUGCCCAUGGAUACGGCGAGGGGUCUGCGGGGGUUGAGUCGCCGCUUGGUAACGAAGAAACAAAAAAUUGCCACAGUCGAGGGACCGUGGUGGCUAAGCUGUCGCUCUGAUGGACAAAAAAGCGAAGCUAACAAAAUUGGAAUACAAACGUCGGGGUGUCGAGUUCGAGUGUUGUAGUGGAGUGGGGAGCGAUAAAAAUACAAACCCAAGAUUGUUGAGAAGCUAACACAAAGAUUUUCGGUGCAAGCAAAAAAAAACAACUACAUAUAAGGGGUGAAUUAAACGCACAUAAUUUAAAUGAGACAGUGACAGUCGCCAAAGAAAAUAAUUCAAUAAAUGCAAAAUUAAUUUAUUUUCCAGCAGCGCCUUUGCGCCUAGUCUGGGAUAUUUAAUAAGUCUGGUUGAUAUAUGGGCAAUAAUGUUUGGCACUAAGAUAUUUAUUUAAAAAAUUUAAAUAAUGCAAACAACAUACAACGAUAAACAAUUACAAUAUCACAUGUGAUAAUACCAGAGCUCGCAAAUAACUGUCGACCGUUUCUCGUUGUCUGGAAAUAAGUGUCUUUUCCUGACUCUUUACGAAAAGACUUAGAGAGCAACCGAUUUAUGGGAUCUUGAAUGAGCUCGCUCGCGCUCAGAGCGAAACCUUUUUUUUCUAUUCUGUUUUGUUAUGGUUGUUCCAGGACCGUUUUGUCCUGUUCAGGUGAGGCAAACAGUAUUUUGCGUAUGUAUUGGUAUAAACUCACACGCAUAGGCAAGCAAAUCGUUAAUCGUCGGUUUUGCAGCCGACAUAUAUUAAUUGCAAUCGUGAACUGAGUGUGUGAAGUUGUGCAAUUAUUUUGUUCUGUAAAAUGGGAAGAGAAUUGAAUAAAAAAGUGCAACAAUUCUUUAAAUUGAAUUUGGAAGAGAACAAGUCAAUAUGUAGUGUUUGUGGUAUUAAAUUGUCCGGCAAUCAUUCAACAAACCUUAGACGGCAUUUAAGAACGAAUCAUAUGGACAUUUUCAAUGAGUGGAACAAUUCUGGACAUUCACAAUCAACGCAAUGUGAAGAAAAACGAAAAAUAUCGUAUCAAGCGAGCGAAGAAGCAAUUGUUUCUUCUUUGAUUAAAAUAGUAACCACGGACGGAAAACCAUUUAUAUUUCUAGACAGUGAAGGGUUCGAAGAAAUUAUGGAUCCAAUAUAUUAUGCACUUGGCAUGAACCCUGUAACGUCUCGAAAUAUUAUGAAUUUUGUGUCAGUCAAAGAGCAGUUUGUCAAAGAAAACAUAAGGGCUCUUGUGAAGGGAAAGCUGGUGUCCUUGAAAAUCGAUGUUGCCACCAGAAUGGAUAAAGCCAUUCUGGGAAUAAAUUUGCAAAUGGUCCACGCAAGCCUGGCUAAAACCGAGAUUAUUGUAAAGACUUUAGGCAUGAUUGAGCUCGGGGGAUCUCACACUGGAAUAUACAUAAAGAACAAAAUUCUAGAAGUCUUAGAUGAUUAUGGAAUAUCACUAGAUCAAGUCUACAGCGUUACGUCUGAUAAUGGGCGAAACAUGAUAAAGGCCGUCCAAGUGUUAAAUGAUGCCACAGAGGAAUUCCUUUUUGAAGAAAACACAGAAAGUGAGAAUCUUCUGAAUGAACUGGAUACUAUUGAACUUGCUAAUAUACACCUUGUGAGAUGUGCAGCACACAAGGCAAAGGAGAUCGCCGAUAAAAUAAGUUCCUGUCGCACAUUAUGCAAAUCGCUGCGCAUAGAAACAUAUAGACGUAUCUUAAUUGAGAACCAAAGAAACAUACCAUCGCUCGACGUUGCUACAAGGUGGAAUUCAACCUAUUUAAUGCUAAAAAGAUUAUUGGACCUAAAGGAUUUUCUGGCUACGCAGUCUUAUAUUUGUGUAGAUCCCGAUUGGGAUUGGAUCGAGACGUACAUUGACGCUUUCAGUGAUGCAUACCAGGCAACCCUAAAGCUACAAGACAAAAAUUUAGUUUAUAGUGAGUCUUCGUAGUAUGGAUGGAACUAAAAUUGAAAUGCGAGAAUAGUCACAAUUUGAUUAAAAAACAAGGUAUCAGAUACCCGUUACUCAGCUAAAUAGAGAUAUGCA